CCUGAGAUAGUCACGAUGGGGGAGAACGAGCCACCUGCGACUGAAAACCCCUUCUCUUUUCGAUCUCUCUUUGGCCUUGACGAUUUGAAAAUCAGUCCUGUUGUUCCAGAUGCGGACGCGGUGGCUGCGCAGAUCCUGUCGCUGCUGCCGUUGAAGUUCUUUCCGAUCAUCAUCAUUGGGAUAAUUGCGUUGAUACUGGCACUGGCCAUCGGUCUGGGCUUCCACUUCGACUGCUCUGGAAAGUACAGGUGCCGGUCAUCCUUUAAGUGCAUUGACCUGGCAGCUCGAUGCGACGGGGUCUCGGACUGCAAAGACGGGGAGGACGAGUACCGAUGUGUCCGGGUGAGCGGUCAGAAGGCAGUUCUCCAGGUGUUUACAGCUGCUUCUUGGAGGACCCUGUGCUGGGACGACUGGAAAGCGCACUAUGCAAAUGUGGCCUGUGCCCAGCUAGGCUUUCCAAGCUACGUGCACUCAGACGAACUCAGGGUGGACUUGCUCGAGGAGCAGUUCCAGGAGAACUUCGCGUCCAUCAACCACCUGCUGCCGGACGACAAGGUGACGGCUCUGCACCAUUCCGUGUACGCCAGGGAGGGAUGUGCUUCGGGUCACGUGGUUACCUUGAAGUGCAUAGCCUGUGGCCGGAGAAUGGGCUACAUGUCCCGCAUCGUCGGUGGGAACGUGUCCUCGCUCAUGCAGUGGCCCUGGCAGGUCAGCCUCCAGUUCCAGGGCUACCACCUCUGCGGGGGCUCCGUCAUCACGCCCACGUGGGUCGUCACGGCUGCGCACUGCGUUUAUGACCUGUAUGUUCCCAAGUCAUGGACCAUACAAGUAGGUCUGGUUUCCCUGUUGGACAGUCCAGCCCCUUCUCAUCUGGUGGAAAAAAUCAUCUACCACAGCAAGUACAAGCCAAAGAGGUUGGGCAACGAUAUUGCCCUCAUGAAGCUGGCUGGACCACUCACAUUCAAUGAGAUGAUCCAACCAGUUUGUCUGCCCAACACAGAAGAGAAUUUUCCAGAUGGGAAAAUGUGCUGGACGUCAGGAUGGGGAGCCACAGAGGAUGGAGGAGAUGGCUCCUCCAUCCUGAACCACGCAGCCGUCCCCCUAAUUUCCAACAAGGUCUGUAACCAUAGGGACGUGUAUGGCGGCAUCAUCUCCCCCUCCAUGCUCUGUGCCGGCUACCUGAAGGGCGGCGUGGACAGCUGCCAGGGAGACAGCGGGGGGCCCCUGGUGUGUCAAGACAGAAGGGCGUGGAAGCUGGUGGGGGCGACGAGCUUUGGUAUCGGCUGUGCCGAGGUGAACAAGCCGGGGGUGUAUACCCGCAUCACUGCCUUUCUGGACUGGAUCCACGAGCAGAUGGAGAGGGACCUGAGGACUUGAAGAGGAAGUGGACAAGCCACCACCGUGAGCUCCUGCAUUUCAUGGAGGUUGUGUGGAGACGUUGGACCUGAGUCAAUGCCUCCAGUCCUUGACUUUCCUGUGCUCCCAGCAGAGCCAAAAGGAAGGGGGGUCUUUCCUCUCCUGCACACCUAGAGCAACAGCUGCUGACACCUCCAGCCAACCAUUGGCUGUUGGACUAAAACGACCUUGAAGCUCCUUUCUGACCUUCACUAAGAGCAAAAGCAGGAAUUUAGCACCAAAGUGCUAUGUUUUCCCACUUGUUCGUUUGAUUUUUUCCUCCAGGGAUUGUUAAA